CAUCUACUUUGUUUCUUCCAAAACAUUCAACUUCAAUUCCUGUAGAGAGAGAGAGAGAGAGAGAGAGGGAGAUGAGCACGCAGUCGUUAGCCUUCCGGGUGAUGCGCCUAUGCCGUCCCACAUUUCAGGUGGAAACCCCACUCCGAUUCGAGCUUUCCGAUCUCAUACUCGGUGAAGAUCUACUCGACGAUCCAUCCGCCGCACCUCAACUCCGUCAUCUCCUCCACACCAUUGACUCCUCCACCGAUCUCACCUACACCAAUCGCUUCCUUCUCCGUGAUGACCCAUCCGAUGCCAUGGGCCUUCCCGGCAUGCUCGUCCUCCCUCAGUCAUUCGGUGCCAUAUAUCUUGGAGAAACAUUUUGCAGCUAUAUAAGCAUCAACAACAGCUCCAGUUUUGAAGUGAGGGACAUUAUAAUCAAGGCAGAAAUACAAACAGAAAGGCAGAGAAUACUGCUUUUAGAUACAAGUAAAACACCAGUUGAAACAAUAAGAGCAGGAGGACGCUACGAUUUUAUUGUUGAGCAUGAUGUUAAGGAGCUUGGUGCACACACUCUGGUCUGCACUGCGCAAUAUAGUGAUGGCGAUGCUGAGCGCAAAUAUCUCCCACAGUAUUUCAAGUUUAUAGUUUCAAAUCCGCUUUCUGUCAGGACAAAGGUCCGCGUUGUGAAGGAAACGACAUACUUGGAGGCAUGUUUAGAAAAUAAUACAAAAUCAAACCUGUAUAUGGACCAAGUGGAUUUUGAGCCUACUUCAAACUGGAGUGCAACAUUACUAAAAGCCGACAGUCACCUUUCUGAGAAGAGCGUUUUGACAAGAGAGAUAUUGAAGCCACCCAUUUUGAUUAAAUCUGGGGGUGGAAUUCACAACUAUCUCUACCAGUUGAAGUCAUUAUUGGAUGGAUCUGCACCAAGCAAAUUUGAGGGGAGUAAUGUUCUUGGCAAACUUCAGAUAACAUGGCGUACGAAUUUGGGUGAACCUGGCCGCUUGCAAACACAACAGAUCAUUGGUAAUAUCAUUACACAAAGAGAGAUUGAAUUGAAAGCAACGAAGGUGCCAUCUGUCAUCAUCUUAGAAAAACCCUUUACAGUAUGCUUGAGUUUCACAAACCUUACUGAGAACAAAGUUGGCCCGUUUGAAGUUUUGUUAUCUCCGAGCGAUAGCCAAGAGGAUAAAACCCUUGUUGGUAUUGGGCUUAAAAAGAUGGUUUUACCUCAGGUGGAGGCAUUCAAAUCUCUGGAUUUUCAAAUGAACCUAAUUCCUAUGGAAGCUGGAAUGCAGAAAAUCAGUGGUAUCACAGUGUUUAACACGACAGAGAGGAAAAGUUAUGAUCCAUUGCCCGAUAUCGAGUGCAGAUUUAUGUUGAUACAUAUUGACAAAUUUGUUCUGAACAAGACUAAAAGCCGAUUCGUCGUUCUUCAAGUAUCUUGUAACGAAAACUGCAUAUUAGUGUUGAAAAACAUAUUUUAGCCAAUGGCGUAUAUUCGUGCAUCAUGGAUCAGUUUAAGUCAAAACUUAUGUAUUGUACAUGUAAUCUGUUAUAUUAGUUUAAAGAGUAAAUUACAAGUUUUGUCCUUUAUGUUUA